UGUUUUGUCUCAUAUCUCUUCAGCUAUUUUUUUUUCACCUACUUGGGAAAAUCAAAAAGGUUUAAGAUGAGCAUCACUGACAUCCUCAGCCCUUCUGAUAUUGCUGCUGCCCUGAGGGACUGCCAAGCCUUCGAUUCCUUCAGCCACAAAAAAUUCUUUCAGCUCAGCGGAAUGUCCAAAAAGAGCAGCAGUCAGAUCAAGGAUAUCUUCCAGCUCUUAGACAAUGAUCAAAGCGGCUUUAUUGAGGAAGAUGAACUCAAGUAUUUCCUCCAGCGGUUUGAGUGCGGAGCCAGAGUAUUAACUACUUCAGAAACCAAGACUUUUUUGGCAGCUGCAGAUCAUGAUGGGGAUGGCAAAAUUGGGGUUGAAGAAUUCCAGGAAAUGGUGCACUCCUGAAGGACUGAAGGCAACAGAGAAAGAAACAGAAAGGGAAGGGGAGAAUGAAUCUCCAAGGGAUGAUACUCUAAAACUCUCUAAAUCAGGGAGUCCCCUUGUUUAUUUAUUAAUCUUCACAGUGUCUGUUAUUUGUUUGCUGCUCUAAUGAGGUAUCAAAGCACCAGUUAAUAAUGAUUUUUGGUAAUGUGGACUAUCUUACCAUGUUCUAGGAACACAUUACAGCAGACACUGCCCUUAAAAUUAUCCAAUAAAAAUAAAUUUCUCAUC